AUGUCGCGGCAGCUUCCUCCGUCGCCUAACUGGUAUUCCUCCUCCUGCUGCGACUGGUCGGCCGGCGGCCUCGUGGCCUAUGCAGCUAAGAGCGCAGUUCGAUUCCUGGACCCCAGCACGAGGAGGAUCGUGGGAGAGCUGCUGGGGCAUGACGACCGGGUCACCACCCUCACCUUCGUGCGCUCCCCGCCAUGGCUCCAUGUGUGCGUGACGGGGAGCGCGGACAAGACUGUGCGAGCAUGGGACAGCGAAAGCUCCUCCUGCAUGAGCUGCUUGAGGGACCAGCACCAGCUCGAGGUAGUCGCGGUCGCUUCCUCUGCUGCCAUGGGUCCUCUCAUCCUCUCGGUCGACAAGGGUGGUGUCCUCGUCGCCUGGGACUUUGCCAGCAGCUCCUCUCGCUCGGCAUGUCCGAUGAAGAUGCCGGCGACCUGUAUGGCGAGCACGGGAGCGAGGACAGCAGCCGUGGGGUAUGCGAACGGAGUCAUCCUCCUCCUGGACGUGACCACUAUCUCCAUCCUACACAAGCUCGUCGGUCAUGAUGGGCGUGACAGGACGAUUCGUGUGUGGAAUGCGCGAGUAGGGACAAGCAAGCAAGAGAAGGACAGUCUGAUAUCAGGAGGAAGCAACGGGGACGUGUGGUGGUGGAAUGUGAAGAGCAAACGAGCGCAGAAGGGGACGGGGAAGCAGCUUCCUUCCCGUUCCGUCUUCUCUUUUGCCUUGGGAAGACUCGCAGGGGACGAGGAGGAGAAGCUCAAGAUGGUCUGCGUCUCUAUGGACAGAACCAUCGCCCUUUGGGACAUGCAGGACAGUCUCACCUGCCGCUGGCUGCUCCCUUGCCUUGGCGGGUACGUCUACGACAUCGACCGCUGCCCCUCCGACCCCGCCAGGGUCGUGCUGGCAGUGGGGGACCAGGCGAGGGGAGGAGGAGGGAGGGGUCGAGGCUCUGACAUGCCGCGAGCAGACGAUCCGGACGUGGCAGACCAACAGCAGGGAGCCGCACGAUUGUCAGCUGCUGUGGCGAGGGCUGCAGGCUAA